AUGGGUGUCUGGACGUCAGUCAGCGAUAUCUUCCUAAGUCUUUGGGAGACGUAUGUGUCUCCAAGAAGUUCUGGAUGGAUGGACUUUAUGCGGCAUUUGGGAGCUUGCUGUUCUGUUGCUUCCGUUUCGGCGGGCCUCCUCUCUGCGGCCUUCUCCUGGCUUCUGUCCCCAUUCACAGUCUUCGCCGCCUCUUGGGUGAUCGUGUGCAUCCUCCUGUGCUGUUCCAAGCACGUGCGCUGUUUCGUGCUUCUCUUCUUCCUCUCCUGCGGUCUGCGUGAAGGUGCCCUGAUUGCGGCCGGCACAGGGGUAGUGAUCUUUGGACACAUGGAGAAUAUUUUUCACAACUUUAAAGGUCUCCUGGACAGUAUGACCUGCAACCUAAGGGCAAAGAGCUUUUCCAUACAUUUUCCGCUUUUGGAAAAGUAUAUUAAAGCACUUCAGUGGAUUUACGGCCUCGCCACUCACCAAAGUCUACUUGAUGACCUUGUUUCUUGGAAACAGACCCUGGAGGUCUCUCUUUUAAGUCCCAGCCAAGCCUUAAAGGCGCAGCUAAAUGACACUAAAGGCAAAGUCCUGGGGGUCCUGUACCAGACGGUGACAGCGACCAAGGCGCUGUCCUCGCUGGGCCAGCAGCUGCUUGCUCUCACGGGGCUUUUGCUGGUGCUUCUCGGCACUGGUCUCUUCCUGAAGCGAUAUUUGGACCCUUGCGGUUGGAAAUUUGAAAACGUCUACAUCACCAGACAAUUUGUUCAAUUUGACGAACGGGAGAGGCAUCGACAGAGGCCCUGCGUCCUCCCGCUGAAUAAGAAGGAAAGGAAGAAAUUCAUUUCUGGCUUCCAGUCCUGA